ACAACCUUGACUCAUAACAGCAUUGUGUAUGUAUUGGUUAACAUGGCGUUAGCUGUAAAAACGAAUCGUGUCAUCAUUUCACCUGAGGAAUGAUUUUAACUAAGCUKUCUUAAAUCGGUCAAAUGUACAAAUGUUUUYAUAACGACCCUGGACGCCGCUAUAGUGAAAACUGGCCCUGAUGUUAGAAAAAUUGAAGUAAGCUACGAAGCGUCCUUCAAACCCAUAGACGAAGAGAUGGUUGAUUUUUUGAUUCUACUAUAACAAUAAAGCAACAGAAUGAGACCUAAUGAAGCGGCCCGUGCGGCCCAGAAGUCAGAAGGGCCUCGUAAAGGAGGUCAAGAGAAAGCAGCUGCCAUCAAAGUUGGACGAGAUUCAGGCCGAGUGAAAGUGUUUGUCAGGGUUCGUCCAUUGAAACCACAAGAAGUUACCAAGAAGGAAAAGACAGCUGUCGAUGUUUCUGAGCUCAAUUCAUCGAUACAUAUCAGUGAUCCAAAGCAUAGCUAUGAGAAAGAUUUCCCUUUUGAUCAUGUUUUUCCAUCAGGUGCUACAAACCAUGAGGUGUGUAACACUCUCUGCAAACCAAUUGUCACGUCUGCACUCAAUGGUUUCAAUGGAACAUUAAUGGCUUAUGGUCAAACUGGCUCAGGAAAGACAUAUACUUUGAUGGCACCAGAUGGUAUCGCAGCAGGAGUGGUUGAUCGGUGCUUUAAAAGGAUUAUGCAAGACUCCAAGCAUGAUUAUAAGGUAUCAAUGUCAUACCUCCAGAUCUACCAAGAAAAGAUCUAUGAUCUUCUAAACUCUACCAAUAAAGUAGACUUAACCAUWAGAGAACAUCCUCAAAAGGGUGUUUAUGUAGAAAAUUUAUCAGAGUUUGUGGUACGAGCUCCAUCAGAAAUCAUGAAUCUCUUAGCUGUAGGAAAGAAAAGAUUGGUAUUUGCAGAGACAAAGAUGAACCGCACAUCAAGCAGGUCCCAUUCUGUGUGUAUGCUAUUAAUAGAACGAACCUUAAGCAAAGAGGAAGGCAGUAAACCUAAAGAUUGUGUGCCCAAUGAAAAGAAAAGUCCAAGCAAGGACCCRAGAGCUAAUAGUCUAUCAAGACGAACUGGCUCCCCUAAAAAGACUUUAGCUGCAAGCUCAAGUAUUCCUGAAGGUCCCUCUGAAACAGAGGAAGUGGAAGAACAGGAUUCCCUGGCUAAAAUGACUUUUACUGACGAUGUACUUGUGCGUGGAAGAAUACAUUUGUGUGAUUUGGCAGGAAGUGAGCGMUUGAAAAAAACACAUGCAGAAGGAGAGAGGCUCAGYGAGGCCCAACACAUUAAUUUAUCUUUACUGGAAUUAGGAAAUGUUAUUCAUGCUUUAGCAGAUGGAACAAAAACUCACGUGCCUUUUAGGAACUCGACUUUAACGCGAUUAUUGCAAGAAAGUCUAGGAGGGAAUUGCAAGACUAGUCUUAUAGUAUGCGUUUCCCCGACUAUGAGCGAUGUUAGUGAAACUAAGAGUACUUUGAACUUUGGCUCGCGUGCCAUGAARAUAACAAAUACUGCAUAUGUCAACGUUGAGGUUGAUUACAAGAAGCUUAGUGAUGAUUUAACAAAGAUGCUGAACUCACGAGAAAAAGACAUGGAAGAUCUCAAGGAAUCAUAUGAAAGUCGUAUCGAGAAGGUUAAAAUGGAGGCUGAAAGUCAAAUAAGCUCUUCCAUGGUAGCAGCACAAGAGGCGUUGUCCUCAGUCCGUAGUCUCUUUGAGUCCAAGGAGCAAGAGCUCAAGAAUGAAAUGCAACAAGUCGACGAAGAACUACAACGAGAAAAACAUCUUUCCAGUGAGCUGCGAGAGCAAUUAUCCUCCUUGGGAGGGUGUAUAAGUGGUGGAGUAAAUCGAGCUAAGACUGCGUUACUCGCAGAGCUGCUCUCGAUGCAGCUAUUCUACACCAUACAGGGUUUGCCAGACGAACAGCGACAACAAUUGGCCAGUGAAAUGCAAGGAGAAUACUUGUACUCAGGAGAAAAGCUGCUUGGAGUUCGUGAAAAGGUCUUAGAAAACACAGACAACGUGCUUCAACUCUUACAAAGUUAUUUGAAACUAGACAGUCAGUAUGGUGAGAAGUUAGAAAAAAGUGGUUUGAAUCUCAGAGAUUUAGAAAUGGCUUUAUUGAAUGGGGAAAAGCUUGAUAUUGGCUCCUCGUAUGAAUCCAAUGGUUUGAACUCUGAACAUCAAGAACUGUCUUGGAACAAGACGGACGAUGAUAAAGUCAUUGAAUCACAAAUAUCUCGUGAUGAUGAUGACCAACAAUCAAAUCAAACAAAGUUUUUUCAAUUAACAAAGUCUCUUCGUGACAAACUUAUUGAUAUAAAAUGCGCAUUAGAUGGCGACGCCAUUGGUUUCCUAAAGAAAGCCUUUGCAUUGGAUGACUGCAUUAGUGUAGAUGACAGAAAAAAGGUUUAUGAUCGCAUGGUGGAGUUUCUACAACAACGUGAACGUUUUGAAGAUAAAGCACAUGACAACUCAUCUGUCUCCAUGUUGAAGACAGAGAUGGCUUUCCUGGACCAAUCGCUUUGUCACGUUCUGGUUGACAAGGCUUUGCAGAGCUCCCUUUUAUUACUGGAACAAUCGGAAGUACAGAGACAUUGCAAUAAGUUAUCAGAGAAUAAUAAAGAUUUGAAUAAAGAACUUGAGGUCAUGCGACUACAGGUUGAAACGCUCGUUAGUGAGAACAGUAAACUAAAUUCCAAGCUGUCAGAGACGUCCAACUUCUUACAGGAUGUAAAGAGCAGUAAGGAAAUGCUUGAGAACGACUUGUCGUCCGUUUUCCAACUGUACAACAUGAGAAGUCCAGAACUCAAGUUGAAUAAGACUACAGGCAGUGAUAUUAAAGACGGUAUUUCAACGUUGGUUGAAGAAAAUGCAAAGCUUAAAGUAGAGCUUAAAGAUACUCAAGAAGAGAAGAGAGAUUUGCAGUUGCAGCUCAAGAACGCAAAGGAAAAGUUUGAAAAGCUGGAAAAAGUUAUGGAAAUGAAGAACAGCAAUUCAUCUUCCUCAAAAAGCACUCAGACAACUAGAGUUCCAUCACCGAUCGACAAGUCUACCAAAAACGAUGAUAAAAAAGGUUUAAUAGAUGAUCACCACAAGGAUUCCUGUCAAGAAACAGUAGCAUUGUCCAAUGGACAAACAAAUUCCCCAAACGAUAAUGAUAACGACGAUGCAUCGAGGAAAAAGUCUGUUUCCAAAAAGCUUGUCGAUAUUGAACAAUUUCUUGUUAAUCUACAAGAUGAGCUUGUCAAACUUGAAGACGAUGAAUCAGCUCUUUUCUCUCAUAGCAAUCAAAGGCAAAUGGUAUCUUCUCUGAGAUUAAAUCUCAACAAAAGGCUCGGUGAGUUAUGGUCCAUUGAAGUAGUCGAAAGCAAAAAGCUCCGAGCGAGAAUCGACGAACUUACGAUAAAGCUCGAGAGCGCUGCGUACGACUACGAAAAACAAAUCGAAGAUCUUGAAAGCGAGCUACACAAUGAAUCACAAUCGAGGCUUAAUCUGGAGAAUGAGCUUCUGCAGUAUAGGAAGGAGGUCAUGGACCUUGGAGCUGAAAUUUGGACACUAACGCGUCUUAAGGAACCAGAAACUGCUGGUGACAUGGCUCCUGAUGUACAACGUGAUGCAAGCACUCCUCUAGAUGAGAUGGACAGUCGUCGAAGGCUUUCAAGUGGUUCUUUAUCAUUAAGUAGAUGUAAUAGCGAUGAUUCUCUACAUGAAUUUUCCAGACGAAAAGCGGAUCUUCGUCUUGCAGAGAUUGAUGCCAAAAGAGCAAAGGAAGAGCUUAAUGACUUGAAGCAAUCAUUCACCCAGCUCAACCAAAAUCUUGCUGACUCAGGGAAAGUAAAGCAAGAGAUGGAAGAAAGGUUUGUCAACCUCAGUAAUGAAAAUAAGACCAUUACAUUAAAAUUCAAAGCUGCCGAAGAGAAGAACAAGGCUCUGGAAGAAAAGAUUGUCCAUGUCUCAGCAUUGAAGACAACAGUUCAAGAAGAGCUUCUGAAACUCAAGAAAACAGAACACUCUCAUCUUGAAGACAUACGUGGUUACAAAGAGAAGAUCGCAAGCUAUGAAGUGGAGAAGACCAGACUCAAACAAGAGCUUUCAAAAACUGAAAUCAAAUUCACCACCAUGGAUAACAAAUACAAAGAGGUAAACGACGAUUUAUUGGAGACGAAGAAACGCCUCAAAGAAUCACAAGCGAGACUGAAGUCAAAAGAGCAAGAACUGCGAGAUCUUCAUGAUGCAUAUGACAGGCUACGAGAUCGUAUUGUACCCGACGACAGCGAUCGAGAAAGUCUCGUUGAAGUAAAAAUGAAACAAAAUGGACGGCGAGAUUCUGCUACACCAAGCCGAAUUCAAUCCAUACACCUUGUUUCCCGAGCUAAAAGUCCAAAGCUGAAAAAGCAGCCAUCGUAUCUAGCAGCAAAGAAAAAGAUGUCGAUUAAGAGGAGCCCCAGGAGUGAUGAAAUUUCAGCUCGCAAGAACACACUUAAAAGAGGUACUCUUGGUCAACGAGGAACACUCACAACCUCUCACGAAUCUCGGACUUUGACACGUGGAGACUCGGAAAGAGAUACAAUGAAGCGCGCCAAAGGACGACCAAUAAAAGGAGAUAACGAGGAAGACCAGAAACUUAAGUCGGAGUUACUUCUCGCUAAAGAACAGCUUCUUCGUCUCAAAGGUGAACUUACACUCUCCAAUAUACAAACAGCGAACUUAGGAACGCAUCUUACAUCGUUAAGAGAAGAUAGUAACAAACUCGAGGUUGAGCUUUCCUCGUUGAGACGACCUCCGGCUUCUAAAGCAGAAGACUCUUGCAAAGUAAGCGCAGACAAACAUAUGGACGCUGAGCUGGAAAAUGCUCAGGAAAAGAUCAUCGGUUUGCAAGAUGAUAUCUUAGCGUUAAGACGAGAAAAGGAAACAGAGGAAGAAAAGGUAGCCAAGUCUGAGGAAGAGGCAAAGCAACUCAGAUCAGAGUUGUACAAGACAAGGGAUGGCCUGGAGCGAAGCCAAGAGGUAGUAAAGAUAUUGAACAAAGAGAUUGAGUUGCUGGAGACAAAAAAUCAGAUUUUGCAGCAUCGUUUGACCUCGUACACUAACGAUGAGUCUGAAAAGCUUCUGAAGAAAACGAAAGAGGAGACGCCCAAUGGUGAAUCAUCAUUGAGCCACGAGAAGCUAGCACAAUACGAGCGAGACAAAGUCAGGCUUGAAAAAGAAAUUGAACAAUUGUCCAGUGAAAAAACUAAACUUCAGGAUAUGCAGAAUUUGGUGCAACAACUUGUCGAAAUCGAGGACGAACAAGCUCUUCUUAAACUUCGUCUGCGGAAAGCAGUUAAACAAGCAACUAAAAACGACGAAAUCGAGGAGAAAAAGACAAACUCCAACGGGAAAGACAGUCCUCCAGGUACACGCACAUCUCAGAAAAUGGAAAAUAAGAACCCGAAAAAUACAGAGAAGAAGCUGGAAGAAUACUAUGUUGAGAAUACAGCUCUGCGAUGUGAAGUAGAUGCGCUGCGAAUCUACAUCUCGAACCUCGAAAAUGAGAACAAAACUGUCAAAUAUAAGCUUUCCAUCAGCGAGUCUAUGCAUGCAAAUAGCGACAAAAAAGUCUUGGCAACAUUACUAGCAUCAGCUAAACAUGAACGUGAAGAGCUGCGAGAAACGUUGAAUGGUGUUUACAGCGAGAAGGAAGACAUGGAAGAAGCCCUUAACGUUUCGCGCAUUAAAAGCGAGCGUCUUCAACGAGAACUCUUACAGGUUUUACAAAGUCGUAGCGAACUUGAGAAAGAAGUAAACUCUUUGAAAAAUGACGCGGCCCAGGUUCCCGAGAAGGAGAAACCAAGUACAAGUUUAACAAUGGAAGAAAAAAGUGUUGUAGACCUGGUUAGAAAGUUCUUGUCUACAGUAGGGUCGCGAAAUGUCAAAGAAAAAGAAAUAAAAGACUUCGCGAGAACGCUACUAGCUCGCAAAAUUCAUCUCAAUGGCAGAAAUGCAAAACAAACGAGCACUGAACAUAAGCAACCAUGGAAUAGAAGCUCAUCCAUUACUAGAAACGCCAUGAAACGUGACUCCUCUGUCAAUUCGAGCAAGGCACAAGUAACAGUUAAUAGGAAUACUAAUACUACACCCACAAAGAAUACUGAAUCCUGUAAAGCUAAUAGCACUAGUGGGUUAAGAAGAUUAAAGCCAGGAACCGACAGAGGAACCCCAGAGGGCAUGGAAGAACAGCGACAAACUACCUCUAAUAAAUCCAAAUGUGAUCUUAAAAUUAUUAACAGUGCAACCAAAAUGGAUGACCUUCAAUCCUUGAAAUCAAUCAGUAAAGAAGUUAAGGAUGACCUUAGUUUAAUAUACCUAGACAUUGACGCUAAAGACAACCCCACUGGUGAUGGUGAAGUGCUUAUAAAAAGGGCGUGGUCACUUAAGGAUUUAUUUAAACGUAAUGCCGGCACUGGUAAAGCACUAACUAACCCGUCAGUCAUAAACCAAUAAAUGAACAUUAGAUUAAAAGACAGUGUUUAUAAAGAUGACUUAAGUUUAAUAUAACAAUUUGUAAAAUAAACAUUAAAAAGGCUUAUAACAGUAAUACAGUAAGCAUGAUAUAUUUAUAACUGAUAUUGUCAUUGGAAAUUCCAUAACUUCACAACCUGAAUAAUUGCAUUUUUUAAAUGAAUACCAAUUUCUUAUAAAUUUUUCCAAAAUCAUGAAGUCAUUUUUUUUCUUUUCCGUUUUUAUUUAAUAUUCCAUUUUGUUUUUAUGAAUGUUAGUGCAUCACAACAUAUUAUACAAAUAAAUUGAUUGGGAUUGAUACUAGUAUGCAGUCUAAGAAAGAUAUCUUUUUAURAUAUCAGAGUAGCUCCUUCUUCAACCGACACUUAUGGACAACCUUAUGAGUUCAAUAAAAAACACACUACUAAAACUGCUGAAAUACUACAAUGCAGACUUGGUGUACAAAUUAUGACCUAUUAAAUCAUUAUUACAAUUAGAAUUAUUACAUCACAGGCUCCUAUACUACCAGAUACUUAUUUAAUAGCAUUUUUAAACAGGAUUGAAUCACAAGUUUACUUAAAAUUAAAAAAACUUUCUUCCAGAUUUUUCUGAAUGCAAUAAAAGAAAUAAUUUCAUUCUACCUUAGUCUCCUUCAGAGCAUCCCCUCUUGUUGGGCUUCCUGUCCCUGCCUGACAAAAGGGGAGGCUGUGAAGAAGACUUACUCUACCUGUAUAUACAAAGAAAUUUACACACUAAGCGCAAUGACUAGUGCUAUUGCUGAUGUCUAGAUAUAAAAACCACUGCAAGGAAUCUCACUAGCGUGCAAUAAUUGUAAAAGAUCUCAUAAACACAUAAAAUAAAGCCUAUCUUUUUUCA